AUGUCAUCCAGCAAGGCGGAAGAUGCUCAGCAGAUGGGGGUCGCAGGAGUCGAUUCGAACUACACACCACCAGGGAAACUCUCCUGGGGGAAGAAGGUCCUCUAUCACCUUUGGGAUGCAGACCAGCAUUUAAAGAGUCCCCAGGAGCGAGCUCUCGUCAGGAAGCUGGAUUUCGGCAUUUUGAUAUGUGCAACUCUGGGAUGGUGGAUGAAGUAUAUUGACCAAUCCAACAUUGCCAAUGCAUACGUUUCAGGAAUGAAGGAAGACCUGAAUCUCGAGGCCAAUGAAUACACUUACAUGCUGAUGUGCUACACGAUUGCAUUUGCCAUCAUGCAAAUCCCGGCCAACGCCAUCGCACUCAAGAUCCGGCCGCGCGUAUGCCUGGUUAUCUGCGAGAUAGGAUGGACAAUCUUCACAUUCGCUCAGGCAGCUGCCAGAAACAGCAACGAUAUGUACGCCUUCCGCUUCAUGGUCGGCUUGUUCGAGUCGGGCUUUAGUCCAAUCAUUAUUUUCCUACUAGGUUCGUGGUAUAACAAGUCCGAACUGGCGAAAAGAAUAGCUAUUUGGCAUAUCACGGGAUUCUUCGGUUCAGCGACCUCAGGCUUUUUAGCUGCUGGUAUACACGCAUCCCUCAACGGACAUCUGGGCUUGGCAGGAUGGAGAUGGCUCUACAUCAUCUGUGGCUGUAUGUCGUUACCCGUUGCCAUCUCGGUCUGGUUUUUACUCCCCGACUAUCCACACAACACUAAAGCGUGGUACAUAACCGAAGAAGACAAGCUUAUCGCCAUGCGCCGAUCAGCGAACAUUGGAAAGAAGGAGAUCACUGGACGGAUGGACUUUGCACUCGCCAAGCGUAUGUUCGGAAAUUGGCGAUGGUGGACACUAUGCUUGAUGUACAUCUUCUACGGCAACAGUUGUCAAGCCAACCAGUACUUCUCGGUGUACCUUAAGUCGGCUGGCUAUUCCGUUACAUUGCGAAACGUAAUCCCCGCGUGUGCUAAUCUCGUUACGAUGGUUACGGACUUCUCUUAUGGCAUGAUGUCGGAUAUGUUCAGGAAUCGCGCCUAUUGGAUGGUCGGACCACUGAUGUGCACAACCGUUAUCGGAUCCGCUAUCCUGACCGCCUGGCCGGAAGCAGAUGCACCCAAGAUCGCUGCUUACUUCCUAUGUGCCUCAGGUUAUGUCACAGCUGUAGCAUGGACCUGGGCGAAUGAAAUCAAUAACGGUAACGCAGAGGAGCGGGCUCUGACGGUUUCAAGUAUGAAUGGUUUAUUUUACGCCACAAACUCCUUUCUCCCAAUUUUGAUCUUCCCGCAAACCACUGCACCACGUUAUGGGAAGGGUUUCCCGUCCAUCUUGUCUUUUGCUCUAAUCGCUGUUGCACUUGUCUUGUUGACAGACUUCCUGCAUAAGCGUCAAUUGAAGCAAGAGCAAGUAUUGCAGGCUGAACUUCCACCGUCUGAGAUCUCACAGUCACCUGAGGUUGAGCACAAUAAGGAAAUGGAAAACAAACUUGCUAGCUCCAUUGAACCCGUUCGAGGUUCAGUUGCCAUUAUGUAG